AUGAACGUUGGAGGCAAGAGAAAUGAAAGUCCUUGCUCGUCACAUCCACAAAAGAACGAGAAUGAGCUCGAGGAAAGCACUUGGGAAGAACUGUGGGGUCGAUUCCCCUUCUACUCGGAGAGUAGCGCUGGGAAUCCUCCGGCUCUACGCCGAAGAGCUGACAGCUACGACGACGGUGACGACGAUAUGGUGUUCGGACGAGCAUAUAACGGGGCUAACCAGAGAGCUUCAAGAUCGCCAACAAGGGAAUCUUUAGCUCGACCCGGGGACGGUGAUGGAAUUACAUUAGAAGGGAGGUCGACCUCCACAUCCACUACACCAGAUACACUCUCCCCAUCAACACCCAUCUCCCCAUCCUCAACGACGUCAAAUACAUCCUUCAAACUCCCCUCAGCCCUUUGCAAGCGCUCACAACCCAUCGAUAUCCGCCGUCCAAAACGAGUCCUCAUCCAACUAGACACAGACAUCAUCGUGACCCCUUCAUCGAACUACAAGAAUCCCAAUACCAGCCCCAGCGACUCAGACGAAGAUAGAAGGAUGAUCGAGUCCGCUAUCCUGGAACCCAGGUCUCCUCCGCAGAGAGAGAAGAUAUCGGAUGUCUGGAACAACUUUUCGGGUCGGUUGAGGAUGUCUGGUUCCUGCUCUAAACACGAGACACCGUCGAGCAGUGACGAGGAGAUUGGCGUCAAGAGGACUCAGCAGCAGAACAAGGAGCGUCAUCUGAACAAGGAUCAAAACAGAGCAAGUACAACAAAUGCAGAAGGCCUGCUUACUAUUGCUGCUUCUGCUUCGCUGAACCCGAGAAGACGACGCUGUACCGUCAUGAGCGAGAGUGAAAUCAGCGUGCUUGAUAUCGGCCCCAGUUUGUUGAAGGAUGAUCGGCAUCAGCAGGGAGAGAAGGGCUCUGGGGACCAUGCACAUAUCAGGUCUCCGUAA